AUGUCUGCGCCGCCCGAUCCCCUGCCGCAGGCAGUGGUGGCCGAGAAUGAAAUGCUUCAGGCGGCCGAUAGUUCCAGAUCGGCAUCUGGGGACGAAGCCAAGACCCCCGAGAUCACUCUGCAGCCACCCGCACAGAACAAGAAAUGGCACCAGCGACUGAAUCCCUUGCGCUGGCAGACACCACCGCCGGUGCCGGAUGAACGGACGCCCUCCAGGGAGUAUGGCGCGUCUUUUUUCAGCGUGAUCUCGUUCCAAUGGAUGUCGCCCUUGAUGAAGGUCGGAUAUUUGCGACCACUCGAAUUACAGGAUAUCUGGACUGUCAACCCCAACCGCACCGUUGAUGUCUUAUCAGACCGGCUGGACGCUGCGUUGGAGGGUCGCAUAGCACGCGGCACAAAACGCCCUCUGGUCUGGGCCCUGUACGACACCUUUCGAUUCGAAUUCCUUCUGGGUGCUAUCUGCCAGUUUUUCAGCUCGCUGUUGCUGGUAUUUGCGCCCUACUUGACUCGAUACCUGAUCGCCUAUGCGACGGAGGCUUAUCUAGCCCAGCAUAGCGGUCUCCCGGAGCCGCAUAUUGGGCGAGGCAUGGGCUUUGCCGUCGGUAUUACUUUGAUGCAGGCUCUGCAGAGCUUAUGUACCAAUCAGUUCCUGUAUCGCGGCCAGAUGGUGGGUGGCCAGAUCCGCGCCGUGCUGAUCUCGCAGGUCUUCAGUAAGGCCAUGAAGCUGUCUGCUCGUGCCAAGGCGGGUGGACAGGCGACUCCCGAAGAGCUCAAGGCAUUGGAGACAACCAAAGAAGCUCUGAUGAACCAGGAUGGCAAAGCGAAGAAAGAAGACCCCAAGGCGGCCGCUGAUGCGGCCCGUGGUGUCGCCGGCGAUGGCCGCGGCUGGAACAAUGGCCGCAUCGUCGCCUUGAUGAGUAUCGACAUCGACCGUAUCAACCUGGCAAUGGGUAUGUUCCAUAUGAUCUGGUCAGCCCCUAUCUCCAUCAUCGUGACGCUGGUUCUGCUCAUCGUCAAUAUCGGCUACAGCUGUCUCUCCGGCUAUGCUCUGCUGGUAUUUGGAAUUCCGUUCUUGACCUACGCCGUGCGCUUCUUGAUCAGGAGACGCAGAAAUAUCAACAAGAUCACCGACCAGCGAGUAUCCCUCACCCAAGAGAUUCUGCAGGCUGUGCGAUUUGUCAAAUACUUCGGCUGGGAGAGUAGCUUCCUCGCUCGCUUGAAGGAGAUCCGCAAACGGGAGAUUCGCUCCAUCCAAACACUCCUGGCUGUUCGCAAUGCCAUUAUGUGCGUGUCUAUGUCGAUUCCAGUCUUUGCGUCGAUGCUGGCCUUUAUUACCUACGCCCUGUCAAAGCAUGACCUGGACCCUGCUCCGAUUUUCUCGUCGCUUGCCCUGUUCAACUCGCUGCGGAUGCCGCUGAAUAUGAUACCCUUGGUCAUUGGACAAGUGACGGAUGCCUGGACGGCUGUUAAUCGAAUCCAGGAGUUCUUGCUGGCCGAAGAGCAGAGUGAAGAUAUUGAGAAGGACGAGACAAUGUCUAACGCUAUUGAGAUUGAGGAUGCGUCAUUCACCUGGGAGCGUUUGCCCACUGACGACCAGGAAGAAGAGAAAGGCCAGAAGAAACCCGAAAAUCUCCCCGAGCCUACUGGUCUGCCAUCUUCACCCAGCGAGAAAGGAGACACCGAUGACGCACUGCCCUUAGAGCCGUUCACGCUGAAGAAUAUCAACCUCGAGGUGGGACGAAACGAAUUGCUCGCGGUCAUCGGAACUGUUGGCUGCGGCAAGAGUUCCCUGCUUUCGGCUUUGGCGGGCGAUAUGCGUGUGACUGAAGGCAAGAUUCGGAUGAGCACCACACGAGCGUUCUGCCCGCAAUAUGCCUGGAUCCAGAAUACCACGGUCCGGAACAACGUUCUGUUUGGAAAGGAGUACGAGGAAUCGUGGUACAACCAAGUCAUCGAUGCUUGCGCCCUUGGCCCGGACAUGGAGGUUCUUCCCAAUGGCGACGCGACGGAGAUCGGAGAGCGUGGCAUCACAGUAUCUGGCGGUCAGAAGCAGCGUCUCAAUAUUGCUCGUGCUAUCUAUUUCAAUGCGGAACUUGUGCUCAUGGACGAUCCGCUGUCGGCUGUGGAUGCCCAUGUUGGCCGUCACAUUAUGGAUAAGGCAAUUUGUGGCCUUCUCAAGGACCGCUGCAGAAUUCUGGCAACGCACCAGCUCCAUGUACUCAGCCGCUGCGACCGGAUUGUUGUGAUGGAAGAAGGUCGGAUACACGCCGUCGACACAUUCGAGAACCUGAUGCGCGACGAUGAGCUCUUCAAGCGACUCAUGUCUUCAUCAGGCCAAGAAGAUUCGCCGGAAGAGGCCGAGGUUGCUGACGAGGUAGUCGGAGAACCUGUUGAGACGACUGUGUCAAAGAAAGUUGUGCCAAAGAAAGCUGCCCCGGGGAAACCAACUGCUGCUCUAAUGCAACAAGAAGAGAAGGCGACGGCAUCUGUCGGGUGGAGCAUUUGGAAGGCGUACAUCCGUGCGUCGGGCAGCUACUUCAAUGCUCUCGUGGUGUUUAUUCUCCUGGCUCUUGCCAAUGUCGCCAACAUCUGGACCAGCUUGUGGCUGUCUUACUGGACGUCUAACAAGUAUCCGGGCCUGUCGACUGGCCAGUAUAUUGGCAUCUACGCUGGACUCGGUGGCAGCGUUGUCGUCCUGAUGUUCGUAUUCUCGACCUAUAUGACUACCUGCGGAACCAAUGCUAGUCGGACAAUGCUUCAGCGCGCGAUGACCCGUGUUUUGCGUGCCCCAAUGUCGUUCUUUGAUACCACCCCGCUUGGCCGGAUCACCAAUCGAUUCUCGAAGGAUAUUCAGGUCAUGGACAAUGAGCUCUCGGAUGCGAUGCGUAUUUAUGCGUUGACGAUGACGAUGAUCAUUUCGGUCAUGGUCUUGAUUAUAGUCUUCUUCUACUAUUUCGUCAUCGCUCUUGUCCCAUUGUUCAUACUGUUCCUGCUGGCUGCCAAUUACUACCGUGCAUCCGCGCGUGAGAUGAAACGCCACGAAGCGGUUCUGCGAUCGAUGGUUUAUGCUAAAUUCGGCGAAGCCAUCACGGGCACAGCCUGUAUUCGUGCCUACGGCGUCGAGAACCAGUUCCGAAAAAGCAUUAGAACCUCCAUUGACACCAUGAAUGGCGCCUAUUUCCUCACGUUCUCCAACCAGCGCUGGCUCAGUGUGCGACUGGACGCCAUAGCUACGGCACUGGUGUUCGUGACUGGAGUCCUGGUUGUCACAUCUCGAUUAAAUGUCUCCCCCAGUAUCUCUGGCUUGGUGCUGUCUUACAUUCUCGCCAUCGCACAGAUGCUGCAAUUUACAGUCCGCCAGCUUGCCGAGGUGGAGAAUAACAUGAACGCCACGGAACGCGUUCAUUACUACGGAACGGAGCUUGAGGAGGAAGCUCCUCUACAUAGAGUGGAGGUGAAUGCCAGCUGGCCUGAGAAGGGCCACAUUGUGUUUGACCAGACGCAGAUGCGAUACCGUGACGGCCUGCCGCUUGUUCUCAAGGGCCUCACCAUGGAUGUCCAGGGAGGUGAGCGCAUUGGUAUUGUUGGCCGGACCGGUGCAGGCAAAUCUAGCAUCAUGUCUGCUCUGUUCCGCCUGACGGAGUUGUCGGGGGGCACUAUCCACAUCGACGGCAUCGAUAUCUCCACUGUCGGUCUCCACGACCUGCGGUCCCGCCUGGCGAUCAUCCCGCAAGACCCGGCUCUUUUCAAGGGUACUAUCCGCUCCAACCUGGACCCAUUCAACGAGCACACCGACUUAGAACUAUGGUCUGCCUUGCGAAAGGCCUAUCUCAUUGGCGACGACACCCUGGGCCCUGCCUCCGAAGCACUCCCGAGCAUGCCUGGCACUGGAACCACAACCCCUGCCACUGGAAGCGACUCCAAGCCGCGCCAAGCAAACCACUUGACGCUCGAGUCCGUCGUGGACGAAGAAGGCCUCAACUUUUCACUCGGCCAGCGCCAGCUGAUGGCCCUUGCCCGUGCACUCGUUCGGGACGCGCGCAUCAUUGUCUGCGACGAAGCCACCUCGUCCGUCGACUUCGAGACCGACCAGAAGAUCCAGCACACCAUGGCACAGGGAUUCGAGGGCAAGACCUUGCUCUGCAUUGCGCACCGUCUGCGCACGAUCAUCCACUACGACCGCAUUUGUGUCAUGGAUCAGGGCCAGAUUGCGGAGAUGGACACCCCGCUUGCGCUCUGGGACCGAGCCGAUGGCAUUUUCCGGGCGAUGUGCGAGCGCAGUGGGAUUACCAGGGAAGAUAUUCUACAGGUGGAUUGA